ACAAAACAUCACACAAAUUACCUCCCAAAGUUCGCGCUCUGUUGAUUUCGCGCGUUCCAUAGUGCCCAUCUCCGAGGUGGUAACAAAAGAACGAUCCACAGGUGCAUGCGAUUCGAAUCAAGAAGGCAACGCGCUGAAUUACUGUUUGUUUUAUUAUCUUGACUGUUUGUUGCGUUUCUAUUAAAAGUGCGUCUUUUUUGUGGUGAAGUGAUUUAUGAACGGGCACUUAUGGGUGCUUAAAGUUUCUUUGCAAUGGUCUUUAAAGGGAAAGUACCUACAGGAGAAUUGUUCGCUCUAUGGAAAAGGAGAUGAGUAUUUUGGAAAUCAGUAAUUAAGUAUAAAAGAAAAGUUAUGACAUCUGAAAAAAGUAUUUCUGGAAAAAUUUCAGGUUACUUGGAGAAAAAAGGAAAAUUGAGAAUAGGGUCACCUUGGAGAAAAUACUGGUUCGUGUUGGAAGGGAGGUUGUUAUUGUAUUAUAGGUCCAAAGAUGAAUAUGAUACCAUACGACCUUGUAAAGGAUCAGUGAGUUUGUGCCCACCGUGUAAUGUUAAACUAACUCAUAAUAGUCACUGUACGUUUCAAAUUGAGUGCAGAUACAGCACAGUUACUCUGAGAGCAGAGAAUAGAAUCGAACAGGAGAAGUGGAUGCAAGCAAUAAUGCUUUCUACAUCUCAAACAAAAAUCACAUCAAACAGAAUGAAUCAUUUUAGAUAUUCUUUAGACGAUUUACCCGACCGGAUCAAACGCAAUAAGGAAAACAUUUGUACACUAGUCAGACAAAACACGUUACCGCGCCGUUUCAAAUCGCCAAAAAGAGAACGCAAAGAUAUUUUAGAUGAAAUCCAACCAACGCAGCAUUCUAGCAGAAGCACAGGAACAUUGAAUAAUAUUCCGUCGAAAGAGAAGUACACAAAAAGUCCUCGAUUACCAAAAAACAAAAACCUUUGCCGACUUCUGAAACAAAGCAACAGUCUUCACAACGUUGUUAAAGAAACAGGCGACAACAACGAAAAUUGUUCAUUGAAUAAGUCGCAGAGUUACGAAGAAAUAGCUGAAUCAAAUGGCAUAGAUAAAAAAGGUGUCGUUACAAAAAGGAAUAAACAUUGGAAAAGCGAUGGUCACUUGGUAGCUUCGCGAGGAUCCACUGGUUCCCUAUUACACGCCCCAAUAAAAGAAGAAAUAGAGACAAUAAGUAACCAAAAUAAUGGUAAAUUUUCUACAGAAAAUGAAGCACAACUAAGCAGGAAGAAUUCACUAAAAUAUGCUUACCAGGAAGAAGUACUCUACGAAAACAUAAGUGAAGUAUGGAUGCGUCAGAUGAAACUAAAAGAGGACGAGAGGAAGGAAUAUAACUCAUCUACUCAGAGUUCAUCGUGUGAUGGUAAAAUCAAGCACAAAGAUAACAGGAUAAAAACGUUUCUGAACCUCGUGAAGAUGCCGAAAGACAGCGAAGAUACGCCGAAAAAAAUUACCAGAAGUCAGAGUUUCGUCAGAAAAUUCUUAAGGCGAAAAUCAAAGUCUUUUGAAAGCGAUAAUAAUAACCAAGAAGCAACUGUUGUUGAUAAAGAAGAAGUCAGAAAAAGCGUCAGCGAUUCACAAAAGUUGGCACAAUUGCAAAAAAUUAUCGAAUCUCGACGACAUUCUUUAAGAAAAAGCAUCACUGAUACUGAAGCAACAAACGAAUUUAAUGGAAAGCAGCAAGAGAAAAAUUACUGCAAGGAAAUUACUACAGAAGAAGGUAAACCUUCACUGCCGCCUCGUCAAUACCAAAACCAGAGGCCUACAUCACCUUAUCACGACACGCCACGACCAAGCAACCCAAUCAUUUUAAUUGAGAAGAAACGGUCGCCAAUUCCGUCAGCAGUGCCAUUAGUCGAAAGUCCGGGAAAUUACAAAACAAUAGAAGAAAUACUUGUCGAACUCGAUGAACAGAAGCAUAUCGAAAACGAAGCAGGUGAAGCGCGUACGACGGACGAUGUCGAGGAUUCGUUAUUACAGGACGUGGAAUUACGAAAGAAAACACGUUCACCGGACGCAGACAGACAUUUCGCAUAUAAUGGCAGUGAGACAGGGGAGAUUGGCGACAGACGGGGACGUUACUCUAGCGAACUCGGUGCCCUUUUGGAAGAGUUAGCGAAAAUCACGAGCGCGCCUGUGUUAAAUGCGGGAACCACCUACAGCCUUGUAACACCGGCGACUGUUUCCGAAGAGUGGCUGGAAGUAAUUCCAAGUCGUCGAAGAAUGUCUGAUCCAGAUUACGACAUACCAAGACCCCACACAUCUCUCCAAUUCAAUAAUCGUGAUAAACUUGCGCCGGAAAAUCUCAUGCCAGCAACUCAAUUUUUUGGACCAGUUUUAUCUUCACCCCCAAAGUCCAGCAGUCCAACGUUACAGCGAGUAACAUCUUGGAACAGCAUAGAUCCCGAUUCACUCGAACCAACUCAUUGUAAUAACGGUACAUCCAGGGAUGGCCAAGACGCAACAUCAAAACAAAAAGAAGAAUGGUUACACAACGUUUCGUAUACAUCACACGACUACAAUCAACGAUAUCGUCAUGUCAACGAAGAAUUUAACGACACAAACGUAUUAUCCUACAAUUAUAACAUGCACAAGGAGUCGUUGAUUUACUCCGACAUCAACAAAUCUGAUAUUAACAUGAAUCAGGAGAAGCAAGAAGUAAUUUACAAUUUUAAACGAGAAUUAAAACGCGUAACUAAUGAAAACGCUAGAGAGACGUUUGCAAGAGGACAAGAGCAAUUUAUAGAUUCCCUAGAGCCUUAUACAGAAAUUUCAACAACCCUUUAAUUGGUUAUUUAUUCAUUCGCAAUAAUAUAUUAACAUACGUAGGUAUGUAGAAAAACACGUACAUAAAAUUAUUGUUUAUUUAGUUUUAAUUUAAUUUCAUGUAAAUUGUAUUUUCCUACUGUGAAAAAUUAGUAAUUACUAGAUCUUAAU